AUAACCAACCCACGAUUCUAUUCCUCAAUUUCUCAACUUGAUUUCAUUUCAAAACACCCAGAUUCAAGCAUCAAUAAUCCAACAGUGUGUUUCAUUCAACAAUGUCACCAAAAACAAGACUCGCCGAGAUGAAAGAGAAAGAAGGAGUGCCGGAGAAGGUGACGGACGAGUCGCCGGCGAAGAAAAAAAAAUCUGCGACGGAGUCGAAGAAAAAAGCUAUGGCGGAGGCAAAGAAGAAGGAUUCCACCAUAGAAAAAAGAAAAGCAGCGGUGAAAAAAAGAAGAGAGGCCAUGAAGAGGAAGAGAGUGGCGAAGAAGAAGAGUAGUGAAGUGGAGAAGAAGAAGAGGAGUGAAACCGCAGAGAAGAGGAAGCGAGACAGUAGUGCCGACGUUGGAUCCUCACCGAGUCCAACGAAGAGGGCUCGGAACACCGCUUCUCCACCGGAACAUCACGGCGAGAAUUCCCCGACACCAUCAGCAGAAUUGCCUUCUCAGGUCGAUAUAGAUGGUACACCAAGCCAAGCGCUUCCGAGUCAGCCACAGAAAUCACCUAUUCAGGCACCUACUGAGGCGGAUAAUCCACUACAACCUCCAGUUUCAGACACUUCCAGAAAGAGCCCUUCACGUCAUGUAAACGACAACGAUGAGGAGCUUAGAUCGAACAACAGAGACUCACCCCCACCCGAGGCUGCCAUUGACAAUGAAGCGCAAAGAAUGGUUGGAGAGGAGAGUAUGGCCGUAGAACCAAUGAGACCUGUUGGUUUUUUCUUUCAGCCGAGUAAGUAUGGGACGGUUUGUAAGCUCUCCUCAAGGUGCAGCCAACACGAUUUUCUCGAGAAAAUUGAUAAAUUUGAGGAGUCAGAGAAGAGUUGGUUUAAGAAUCACCCUCAGUUCAAGCAUUUAUUUCACAUGGAUUGUUGCCAAUAUAGAAAGGUUCAGGGACUGUGGAUGUUGCUACUUCGUUGUAUGCAUACGAAAAAGGAUCGACAAGCUUGGUUUGGAGUAAACGGUGUUCCAAUUAGAUACUCAAUCAGAGAACAUGCACUCCUCUCUGGUUUACACUGUGGAACAUACCCUGAAAACUAUCCGAGCAUAGAGAAGAUGAAGUUUGCGAGCAAAGGGAGGAUGAAGUUUGCGACAAAGCAUUUUAAGCACUUGCAGAAGGAGACUACAAAGAAGAAGGGGAAGAAACAGGGUCUGAGAGUGACAGAAACGGAUGUCUUAGAGAAGCUUCUGAAGAUGAAGGCUGAGGAGGGUAGUGAUGAGCGUUUGAAGAUGGCGGUUCUUUACUUUUUGACCAGAGUAAUAAGAGGAAGGUCAAGAAAUGGGUACUUCAUUGAGCCUUUCAUUCUCCAGGCAGUAGAUGAUCUGGAUUUUUGCAUUAAGUUUCCAUGGGGCCGUUACACAUUUGAUGAUUGCAUGAAGGAGAUUUUUCACUUCCGGGAUCAUUUUGCUAUGAAAGAGCUCGAAGAUAAUAUGCAGUGGACAUUUCCUGGGUUUAUUAACCCUUUGGAGAUAUUGGCUUUUGAAUGUAUCCCUGUCCUUAGGGAACGUUUCAGAGAUCCUGAUCCAAACUGUCUCCCAGAUUGCCCAAGAAUGUGCAAAUGGAAGUACAAGAGGACUGGGACAACAGGGUUUCCAUUAGAGGAUAUUUAUCAAGCGCUUGGAAACACAAAUGUGAUUUCAAGUAUCCUUGUACCACAAGGAAAUGAAGUAGACCUCUUGUACGAAAUCAUGGAUGAAGGGACUCUGGAAGACGUGGAGCUGAUAGAUGAUUCGGAUAAGCAAGACAUAGCCGUUGACGGUUGGAACCGGAUCCUUGUAGAACCUGAGGGAAAAAUAUUUUGGGAGGAUCUGUUCGAGAUGGAUGUGAGGACCCGGUGGACCAGACAACAACAGUCUGAGCCUCAUCGUAUCUUAGAAGGACAUGCGGAAGAAAGGGUUUGUGAGGAACCCGAGGUAGGGGGAGAGCCCGGUCCUGAGAGUGUAAAAGAGUUGGAGUUGAGAUUGAACAAGAGAAUGGACGACGGAUUUGCAUUGAGGGACGAAACAAUUCGUCUUCUGGCAGCAAGAGUAAAGGAGUUGGAACAAGACAAGAUUCAAAGAGAAAAUUGGUCAUUCCAAUUUGGUGAAUAUGAAACCGGUGAGGCUUCAAGAGGCGCAAGAAGAGAUAAUAUUGGCGAUUAUGAGUAUGAGAAGGAUGGUGAGGUAGUGGCCGAGAAAGAUGGUGAGAAGGAGGGCAGAGACAAGGAUGGUGAGGUAAUGGCCGAGAAAGAUGGUGAUAAAGAGGCUGAGAAAGAUGGUGAUGAACAGGCUGAGAAAGAUGGUGAGGAGACAGAGGCUGAGAAGGAGGACAAGACAGAAGCUGAAAAGGAUGGUGAGAAUGAGGGCGAGAUAGAGGCUGAGAAGAAAGACGAGACAGAGACUCAGAAGUAG